AUGAAGUUCAUAGAGCCUUCCUUGGGGAAGGGCAAGUUUCGACUGAACCGACCGAUCAACCAAAACUUCGUAGUCGGCGCCAUCCUCUUCUGCCUCCCGGGUAUCUACCUAGCACUGACCGGUCUGGGUGCUGGUGGUGGACGUCCGUCGUCUCAGACGGUGGCCUCUACAACCAAUGCGGUGCUAUAUGGCCUCUUCUGCCUCUUCGGCUGGAUCGGAGGCGCCAUCCUCAACUUGGUCGGGCCCAAGUUCACCAUGGCCUUCGGAGCCCUUGGCUAUCCUCUUUACGUCGGUGGCCUAUGGUACUUUGACCGACAAGGCCACUCGUGGUUCCCAUACUUUGCUGGCGCAUCCCUCGGUGUGACCGCAGGCUGUCUCUGGACGGCAGCCGGGUUUGUGCAGUUUGCCUACGCCGAAGAAGAUCAGAAGGCUCUGUUUAUAACGUGGCAAUGGGUCUUUACCUCCUUUGGUGGCACCAUCGGGAGCCUGAUCGCCUUUGGGGUCAACUUCCACCAGACCGAGUCCACGGGUGUCUCGAACGCUGUUUAUACCGUCUUCAUCGUCAUCAUGUGCAUGGCCAUCGUGAUCGCACUGGUCUUCAUCAUCUCGCCCAGAAAGGUCGUCCGCGACGACGGCACGCACAUUGCCAUUUUCACGCAGCCACGUGUCAUGGAUGAAGUAAAAGGUCUCAUCCUGUGGUUCACCGACUUCAAAAUCCUCGCCCUGAUUCCAGGCAUCUUCGUCGCCGAGAUGAAUCUCGCCCUCCUUUCCAGCAUCAACGGAUACUACUUCAAUUUGCGGACGCGGUCGCUCAACAACGUCAUGUUCCAGUUCAUCAUGAUGCCGUGCCCGCUUAUGCUGGCGUACAUCAUGGACACAAACUAUAUCAAGUCACGCCGGACGCGAGGCAUGAUCGGCGCCAUCAUCGUCGGCACGAUUUGCCUGGCCACCAAUGCCGGAUUGGCGGCGUGGAUCACGCACAACGACGUCAAUCGCCAGACUCACACGCCGCCGGGGGUCGACUGGUCCGACAGUGGGUUUGGCGCAGGGUUUGUGCUGUAUUUGCUAUCUGGAAUCGUCUACGCGACGUACCAAAUCGUGGUGCAGUGGACGCUGGGGGCGCUGACCAACGACCCGGUGCAGUGCUCGCGGCUGGCGGGGCUGUUUAAGGGCACGACGUCGCUGGGAAUGUGCAUCUCGUUCGUGCUGGACUCCAAGAACGUGGCGUACAUCGACCAGCUGAUCGUGCAGUUCACGCUGUACGGCGUGGGGCUGGUGUUCCUGCUGGGCAUCAUCUGGUUCUGCGUCAAAGACACCAACUACUUCCUCGAGGACAACGUUAUUGUGCCGCACCGCUGGGAGGAGCGCGCCCGCAUCGAGGGCCUCGUCGCCGACGACCAGAUUGAGCGCGAACACCAGAAGGAGAUGCUCGCCCAGCGCGGCAUCGCCGUCGAUUCCAAGACCGUCGGCGAGGUCAUCGAGAAGGGCAUCAUGCCGUGA